UAUUUUCAAAUGAUUGACCUUUACCACUCUUAAGGAUUUAAUGAGGAACACUCAGAUUACCCAGUUGUUAUCAGAGUUUUUUAUCGGCUCAAAGUUGGUCUUUUGAAGUGAUUACACCUAUUUUGGCUGUUUAUUAAAUUAAAUGAUCAAAAUUUAUAUAAAAUUAUGUUAAUUAUUAAAUUAAUAAAAUGAUCUAUAACCAAAAAUAAAUCAACUGGUUUCAUUUAAAAAAAAUUGUCGGAUCUUUGGCACUAUUUUUCUUUUGUUUUUGUAUGAAGCCGAAACCCUGGUAACUGUCAAUAAUUAUACUGACUCUGCCUCUAAUAACCCCCCACAAGCACAAAAACAAAUUAAAGUCAUUGUUGGGUUGGGCAGAUACUUAAAAUCUUUCCGGGUUAUUUUUUUCCUCAUUAAGGAAGCCUACUUCCAAGAGCUGAUUUUACUUCCUGGUUUGUUGGGAAGGUCUGCACACAUGUAAGCAAAAGCAGUGGCCUACUAAUUCACUUACACCCGCUUGACCUCACCCAUUUGAACAUGUUCAAAGGGCGAGGCACCAAGGCAUGGCUGUUUUCUGGGUUCCCAUGUUGUAACACACCCAUAGCUUCGCUCUGAAGUCACAACACAAGCCUCAUCUUCUUCACUUCCUGGUUAAUUUGAGUUUAUCCCACUUGCCUGGGUACAAGCAGUGAAGCCGAUCAGUGGCUUGUUUAAAGAGAAUCUUCUUAUUCUCUUAAAAAGAGUCGGGUGCUAAAUGUUUUACAUUUUUACAGUGUCUUUGAGGAUUAUCUCUGGCCUCAACAUCAACACUAAUCUGACAAGUGAUUCUACGCUUUCUUAAUACUCACGCUAUCACCCAGUCUAUAAUAAUGUUGGAACCUUGGAUUCCACACUAGUGUUUCAUCUUUAAAUAAGCCCUAGUAAUGGCAAGAGUAAAAGUGAGAACAGGUGACACUGCUCACAUUUGUUGUCACUCCCUCAUGACCCUGGUAAUCUGACUUGUUUACAGAGAUUUCCUGCUGUCAUUGUUGACUUGGUAGAACUGGCUCUGUUAUCUAUCAAGCAGCCCACUCAUCUAUUUUGUAUCGCUCCAUGCAUGCCUUUGACUGUGCAAUUGUCCUGUAAAAAUGAGUCGGCGCCAAUGAAUGUAGGCCAAGUAUCCAUCAUCCCCAUAUUAUAUUCUUUGACCAAGACAGAAAGAAGGAAAUGGACCUGUUGCCACUUCCUUCUUGAAACCUCUUACACAGUGGGUGUGUCACAUUUGCAGUAACACUUCACCUAGUUGAUAUGAACUUUUAUGUUGCAAAAGGAAAUUUCCAAGUUGAUAAAUAUGAAGCAGAUAUAUUGUAGAGAUGUGAGAUUGCAUCAGAUGACAAUGGAUGGAUGUGAGAUUGCAGUGCCUUAAUUAUUAGUACUUUGACAGCGAGUACAGAAUAGCUUUAUAAAGACUUCGAAUCAGCCCUGCAAACUCACCUAGUUCAUUAACUUAACACUUCUAUACUUCAAAUGUGCUUUGUACUUGUGUGAUGUGUCAAUGUGUUUGAAUAAUGUCAAACUGUUUUCUCAGUGUUUGAGCAGUUGCUUAUCCUGUCAGAGUGUUGGUCAAAGAAGUUUUCAGUUGCAGUAGUUCAAAAUCAUCCAAAUUUUCACGACUGUUUGUGAAUUUAAUGGGAACCUGUUCAUUUUCACCUUCCAUAUUGGUCUUUUUGAGGACACUCCUAGAUAAGCUUUGUAUGUUUUGCCAUUUAAAAUAAUCCUUAUUUCACUAAUAUUGGGCCUUGGUGUGGCCUCAGUUCUUCCACUGUAUGAAGUAAGCAAUUGCGGCCUCUCUCCCUUUAAACUAGCUUUGAACAGCAGGUCAGUUUAGCUUUGUGCACACAUCCAGAGCUUUUUGACUGAAAUGACUGGUAAGGAUAUUUGCUCUCAUACAUAUUUGCUGUCAUACAACUUUAAGAGUGGGGAAAAAAACUAUCUGAAACGUUGAGUGGAGUAUGAAGCCUGAGCUUUUGGUGCAGAGAUUACUUUGACAAACAGUUUCUUUAUUAUUUGAAACUUUGGGCAUAUUUUUAAUGGGCAUCUAUAAAUUUAAGAGAAAGCAUAAUAAGUCUCAUUUAAUAUUUUACAAACAUGUUUUUUUUUUACUUUCCUUUGAAGUUUUAGAUGUGAAGAUCAGCGUGAAAUUCAAACCACUAACUUGAGAUUUGCAAACCAGAAUGAAAUGUUAAUAUCGUGAUUUUGUUAGAGUGGCACUUACUGGAUAUGUCGUCUUUUAAAAAUGGUCUCAAACCAUGUAUUAUAUCCAUCUUCAGAUGAUGGUAUUAACAAACAUGACAGAAAGUGAGCGCAACAGUAAACCGAGCUGCAGCUGAGCACUUUCACCAGUACACAUCAUUCCAUGUUUUUUUUCCAUAAGACACAAGCUAUCAGGAGAGGACUGUGCAACUUUUCCACUAAACAAAAGCUUAUUACUCUGCUCUCUGCAGCUUUCCCUGCAAAAUUCAGGUUUAUUUCUUAGGACGUCCUAGUUAGCGAUAUAUGUUUAGCUCCGUUAUGAGAGACAAAUGAAAGAGGAGUUGGCCUCCCAUUUUGAGUACUGUAAAUUUCCAUGAGGAUCCUGCUGGCUCCAAGCAGAACCCCGUCAAUUUCUCAUCUUUACAAACCCCCUAAUUUAAUGAUGAUGGAGGAUACGCACAGUGUGGGCCUUGUAAUUAUGCUGUAUUUGCUAUAGAAUGGAAGCAUUAGAGGAAGUCUUACAGGUACUAGUUCAUCAUGUAGUGCUGUCUCAGGGAUAAGUUUUGGUAUGCCUGGGAGGGCGACUGCUGAAUUCCCCACUGAUAUUCACAAUAAAGCCUUGACUUAGUUUUUGUUAAGGCUGGAAUCGCUGGAAUCCUCUCAGCACGCCAAACAGCAGCCGCACUCAUUGUUCCAAAACAGCAGCUAUUUCCACAGCUUGUCCAAACUUUGUGCCCUGGAGCAGAGUUUAUUUUCUUCUGGAAAUUAUUGAGAACGCUUUGAUGUUAAUUGUUAAUGUGCCUAUGUUGAUAUCAAAAUUUGACAUCAUGAAAAGUACCAGCUUUGUGACAAAAUGCUAACUUUGAUUUCUUAAUGUUUGCUUAUGAUGAAUUAUUUACAACCCUCUCUCUGUUACCAACAUGUGCAGCAGGAUUUUAUAAUCCUGUAAACAAGUAUAACCGUAGCAGUUUCUCCAUUUGCAUGCAUUCUGCUAAACCCUCUGUUAUUUACUUGUGUUUGAUCAGAUUAGCUCUUUUUAAUGACACAGAUGUCAGAUAAUUUAAAUCACCUUGGGAAUUGGUUAGAAUAGCCUUUUAUUAAAAACCUAAUAAUAAAUAUAACUCUGGGAAUUUCUUUAUUGAACAGAAAUAAGCCUUUUUGUGCCAACACAACGGGAAGACAAACAGAACAAACAGAAGACAACAUACAAAAACUGGAUUGCCUAGAUGGAUGAGGAACAGCUUGAAUAUUUACUAGCGGAUUUAAAGGCAUCUGGAGGAGGUCUUGUGUUUACAUAGUGAAAUCUGAUUUCAGUAUGCAGGUGAUGUUUGGGAGCCGUACUUGAGAAACAAAGGUGUGCGAGAUCGUCAAAAGGUUAUGAUGAUCCUCAACUUCUGCUAAUUUACUUGAUUUACUUAAACUAGGUAACAGAUUAUAAAGCCUGCCAGGAUACAAACCAACUAACAUCACUGUUAGUUGACUUCUGACCAGAAGUCGAGAUAUAUGUCUACAACACUUCUUUCUGAAUGUUGGUCCACUGCUUUUUUCUACCUCACAGUUAACAUGUAGAAGGAUAAAUUGCAGCAGUUUUCUUUAUUUAUAAGGUGUUACAUGUGUUUUAUUCUGAAAGUUCUGUCGCUGCUAAACCAGUCCUGUGUCGUGUCUCCUUUGUGCUACUGUCGCACUGGAGAAAACGGUAGUUGAAGAAUGAGGCACGACCAAAAUUAUUGACCGUGUUCAAUAAACUUGUGAUCUUGUUUCUUUUGAAGUACUUGAUUCGAAAAUAGGGAACAGGUCUGCGACCGCUCACGCUCAGUCGCCGUCUUCAAAGGGAUUUUGGUGCAUCUAGAUGGAGGUAAAGUGGCAAUAAGACGAAGUCUUAGUCAGCUAUUGAUUUGCAAUUGAAAGGGAUCAAAUUGGCAAUUACAUGCAAUCUGUUGGUUGUAAUAUGGUGAUAAAUGAUGAAUAUGUGAAAAUUGGAAGUCUGACAUGGAAAUUCACAUGUACUACAUAGACUUACAUAAGUUUGAAAACAUAAAUUUGCUUGGCAAACGUGCGUUUAUAUAGGAACGUAACCAGAAUGCAGUCAUUCUCGUCUCAAGCAGGUUGCCAUCGUAUGACUGACUAGCUAAUUGGCAGAUUAGCUAAUUCAGUGUUGUUGCACAGUCCUGUCAUCCUUCUGUAAGUGGACUUGAGUUUUAGGGCCAGUCCAAUCAGAGCUGGUUCAUGUGUCCUUCAAGCAGCUGAACAAUGAAUGUUUUGUGAAAAUUCUAUUAUUUUGUUUGUUUUUUAGUCAGUUAGCACUAAAUUGCAGAUACAUUUCAAUCGUACAGUUUAUUGAUGCAGGUUGCUAACCUAGCUCACUAGCAUUAGCUAAUAACUAGGAACGCCACCCUCUUGUCUAAGUUUGGUUUCUUGUAGUUUAAUAACCAAAUUCAGGUGCUGAGAAAAAAUAGAAGAGGUCACGGUGGCUGCCUCCAACUUUUAUACAGUCCAUAGUUUCUGUAGAUGGAUCUGGAUGAUACUGAGGUUUUCACACAAAAACCUGGCCAGCAUACAAGGAGGGGGAAAAAGAUGGAACGGUGUGGGGGUAGAUGGUGUCUGUACCUAGAAAAUAAAAAUACCCUGUAGCUGAAUUGGGCUGCAGCUAAUGAUUAUUUUUGUUUUUGAAUAUGUUGUGACUUAAAUAGUUAUAUUUUGUAAAAAUGUAAAAUCUGUUCAACAGUGAAAGCUCCCCCCCAAAUUUUCUGUAAUUUUUUUUAAAUGAUUGAAAAACUAAAUAUUCUUAUAUGUGAGAACCUGGGACCAAUUGACUUGUUUUGAACCAAACUUAGCAGAUAAAUCAAGUCAUAAACCAUUUUUCUGAUGAAUGCACACUUGAUUUAUAAAUGUGACUGCAGGACUUUUAAUGUACCAAGCCACUGUUGCCAUUGAUUACUUCUGAUUACUUUUCCACCAGAUGAAAUCAGUUACAGUGUGUUUACUAUCUAUUCUUUUCUGGUUCAAUAUCAGGAUUUACAUUAAUAUAUAAAAAUCAUCACAACAUUUAAGUGAUCUGAAUUCCCAAACAUGUUGCCAUAAGUAGAACCUGUGUAUCUGCACAUGCUCAAAACUGCAGCAUUGCUAAAAAAAAGAGUACACUUGCAGUUAUGCCACUGCAGUUGCGGCAUACACCUGACCUGUAGUCUGUUGGCUCCGCCUGUGCCCUGUGACAUCAGGGCUUUGAUCAGCCUACUGUCUGUGUUAGCACAAAGCCAUAUUUAGCUCAGUGUAAUCAGUGUGGUGAGAGCUUGCAUGCCUACUGAGAAUACCUGCCUAGUAUAAACACACCUGCUCUCUCUGAUGGACUUAAAAUUAAUUUAAUGAUCACCUGAAGGAGUCUGCUCACAGCCGGUGUCGUCAAAUAAACUGUGGUGUCCAGGGACAUGAAACUCAAUCCACAGCAAGCUCCAUUGUAUGGUCAUUGUGUUAUCACAGUACAGCUCAGUGAUGACGAGCUGGCUGGUAGCGAGGAGGGCGUGGACUACUUCCUGCUGUUCGCUGGCAGUACACAGAGGCACCUGACCAGCACCCUGAGGAGCAGUCAUGACACCUUGCAGGCUUUGUGUCCCGCUCAUGACUGCUGCGAAGUGGUGCUGGUCACCUUGUGCUCAGUCACCCGAGGUGUCCCCGAGGAGCCACAAUCCCAUCUGGUUCACGUGGCGCCAUUGGCCGAGCAUCGAUUCAGCUUUGUUCAGGAUUUGGCGUUUGACAUGGCCCAGUUCCUGGUGAGCACUGUGGGCCGGGCUGAUGGCCUCGAUGGGGCGCUGUUGCUGGAUGAGUGUCAGAUUCCUCUGCAGGAGUGUGAGCGUCUGGAUGAGAGUUUGGCACUGGCCCUACACCACCUCAAACUGCCUACAGGAUGGAAUUUACUGGGGAACAAACGAUCCAACAGCACUGAUCUGAAUCCUCAGGAGACUCUGCUGCAUUUCUCAGCACGUCGAGGUCUCUUUCAGGUUACACACUUCUUGCUUCAGCAGGCUGGGGCAAGAGGAGCCCUUCGUUUGGCCAACAGGCAAGGCGACACCCCGUCCGCCGUUGCGGAUUUACGAGGGCACAAAUGCCUCCAUGAGCUCCUCACAAAGGCUGAGACCGAUCCGGAGAAGGACGAAGAGUCUGUCGCUGUCCAGCAGGUCUCUGAAGACGUUCAGGUGUUUUGCCACCUUCCCAAACUGAACACACACACGUUGACACUGAGCAUACACCCUGGGCGUGACACACCGUCCUUUCAGAAGAGUGUUGAGCAGCUGCUGCACUUGAUUUGUCAUCUUCAUGCCAAGGGAGUUUCUUUACUGAAGCUGCAAUUUGAUUCUCUGCACACUGCUGCUGAAUGUUCUGACGGUGUCAAAGCAGACUUAACAUGUCUGGAUCAACUCCAGCAGUCUGAUACGGCGUCGGAGUGCCCGGAUACAACAACACAAGGGAGUUGGUUAGAAAAUUGCCCAGUGGAGAGCAGCAGCACUGUUGAUUGUAGACACAGUGAGCCUGGAAAUGCAGAGAAAGACUGUAGUUUGACUGUGAGUACUCCAACAUCACAAGUACACCCCCAGGAGCAUGGCCUCGUUCCCCCAGAGGACUGGGUGUGUUCAAACACGGAGAGAGAUUACUCCAAAGCCGAGGAGGAGGAGGAACAGGAGCGGCCUGUUGUUUCCAUGCAGGGUUUGAGUUUGUCUGACAGGACUGAAGGAGUACAGAGUGAGACUGAAGGGAAAGGUCUCACUGUGGGAAUUCUACCACAGGCAGGCUGUGGUAAACAGGCAGAGGAAACUGAUAGAGGAGAGGCUGUGAUCCAGGAAGGACAGGAGGCCAAGAAGGGAGAGGAUAGAUCUGAGCAGGAAGCAGAGGACAGCACAGCCAAGAGGAGGGAGGAGGAGAUCAGCUCUGAAUUAACAGAUCUACUAAAGGCCAGCGGAGACACAAACGAGUCAAUCAUGGGUCAGUCAGCAUCAUCAUCAUAUUCUGAGGUUUCAGACAAUUCUGAUUCUGAAGUGAAGGAGUGCUCCCAAGAAGAAGAGAAUGUUGGGAAAGAAGACGCGAAACACAGCCGGGAUGUUUGUAAUGUACUAUCUCUAGAUGCAAACGAGGAAGAGAGUGAAGGGUUAACAGACACUUUAUCAACCCCGAUGGACCUCCCAGACCCAACGCUGAUAGAGUGUGGUGAUGUAAUCAAGGAGCCUGAACCUGUUCCAUGUCUGUUGAUAGAAGGUCUCCACGAAGGGGAACCUCUACCAGACAUAAACAGCCUGGAACAAAACCAGGAAACAGCUGGUAGGGAUUAUGCUACAGAGCAGGAGUGGGGUUUGGCAUCAGAAAGUGGUUGUCAUUCUGGGAGUUGUACUGACGCAGUUGGUGGAAAAGAGCUACACAGUGAAGACGUAGUAGAACCCUCUGGAUACAGUAUUGAAAGCAGAAUUUUGCCUGCGGAAGAAGUUGACAGUUCAGCUGUCUUUUUGGCUUUCAGCGACAUCGUAGUAGAUACACAGACUGAUAGUUUUGACUGUGAGCCGUUGCCUGACAAGAUGCCGACUGAACGACAAGCUGACCAUGACUCGGGUACGGCCCACGGACUCUCCAGUGAUGACGAUGGCAGUUUCAGAUCAGCUGGAAGCUCUACAACAGAAAUAUUCCAGCCCGCUCAUGGCAGCAUCGCUAUGGAGGAUCAGGACUUACUUCAGUCAACGAUAGUACGGAAGCCAUCAGCUGGAUUUGAGAUUGAGGCCCCCAGUGAUUUUAAACCUAAAGAAACCUGUGAACAUUUCACAACUGUGGAUACAGGACUCUCAUCGGAACCUGACACCCAGCUUGAAUCAGAACCCAAACUCUUGAGCUUGGAUGAUUUAAAUUCUGAAGCGACUGAGAAUCUAGCCCCAGAUCUUUCCAAAGAGGAUCUGUCCUUUGACUCAGCUGGGAGUGAGGAUACUCCAGCAGCACAGGUGGAGGAAAGUGAAACUGAGGAGACCAAUAGCUCUGACCUGAAUGUAGGGAUAGAGCUUUCAGCAUCAGGAUUGGGCAGUGGGGUACUUACCGAAACUGAGCCAUCUGUAACAGAAGAGAGCAAAGUCACCAACAUAGCUGAAGAGGAUGUUCAACGGACCAGUGAGACAAGUGAUAUGCCUGUGGUAGUGGCAGCAGAUGAGAGUGGAAAUGUUCAACCUAAACAGGAUAAUUCCGAGAUAACUGCAGAGGAAAGGCCACCUGAGAAUCAGAUCACUUUGUCUAUCCCACAGGAUGACAUUGUGAUUUCAAAUAGUGCUGAUCUAAGUUCGGAAAUAACGGCACUUUCACCUAAGAGUGAAGGAUCCAUAGAACUUCAUACUGAGAAUCAGAUGACUGAAAAUCCCUCUGAUUUUGUGGAUGGAUCCUUGGAGAGCUGCAGCACUAAAGCUCAAGAGGUGGAUGUCAUCAAGUCUGAAGACACUUUAAGUGAUGCAAGGGAGGAACAAAAUGGCCCAGCGGAGGGAGCAGACUUCUCCACGAUCCACCGAGACAGAGAGACGUCGUUCCAUCAGCCUUGCAAUACUCAGCACUCAGGAUCCUCAGAGUCUUCAACAUUUUCCAGUUUGCCCAGUAGGACCAGCAGUGCCACCAGCUGCCCCUCUUCAGCUCACAGAGACUCUGGCAGUGACAUAGAGAGCUUCCUGAACACAGAACCCGGAUAUGACAGCAUCUUCAGAAAGAAUGAUGAACCUGUGACUGGAGGAGACAGUGCCAGCGAGGUUUCGGUCUCCUGCUCUUCCACAGACGACACCGCCAGCGUCGGCCCGACCAGCUCCAGCCCGGAGGGCAGCCAGGGCCUGGGCUGCAGCUGGAGUCCAGAAGAGGGCAUCCAGACCGUGGCACCUACCACUGAAGGACUGGACAGUGAAGGUGGAGAAGGAGGAGGGGCAGGAGAGGCUGAAGAAGAGGCCAAAGAUAGAGUAACUGAGGUGCCGCGGCGUUCCUGUCUCUUUCGUAACAGCAACCGUUCCCUGUCACCUCUUCGCCGCCACAGCUGGGGUCCUGGAAAGAACAACGGAGGAGACGGAGAGAUGAACCAGAGGAGUUCCACUCGUAGCUCUGGUGAGAGGAAGCCGGCCUUUCACAGGAGAAGUUACAGCUUGGAGGGGCUCAGUGGAGGCCCUGAAGAGCUCAGGGGCCCCACCAGCCAGGGGCCCCGUAUCCUAGAACCUAUAAGGAUUCCCCGGCAAGACAGCGAUGACAGAGGCUCUUUGGUUUCUCUGACAGAGGAACAGGAGGACCGGGGGGAGUAUAGCAGAGUGCAUGACCCGAAAUCCAGACGAUAUCGGCCCCUGCGAAACAGCUGUCCUCCCAUGAGUCUGCCCCUCACUAAGUCUGUAUCUAUGCUGGCCAUCAGCCAGAGAGACAUCGAUGGUAUGAGAUUUUCCAGCACCUCUGGGUCACUAGCAUACAGUAUAUCAGAGGAGGAGCCUGGGCCUCUGCGGAGUGACACAGAGGGAAAGAGUGUGACAAAAGUUAGCCGGACCUUCAGCUACCUCAAGAACAAGAUGUACAAAAAGACCAGGGAAAAGGAGCGAGACAAACGGGAGAAGGACAAGGAGGGCAAGGAGAAGGACAAGAAGAUUGUGAACGGUCAUGUUUUUACACCAGUCAGCUCAAACCACACCACCCAGUGCUCCCAGUGCAAUAAAGGUUUUAAUGGCAAGGAUGCGUUCCAUUGCACAUACUGCAAUGCUUCCGUCCACAAGGGCUGCAGAGACAGCCUGGCUGUUUGUGCCAAGGUGAAGAUGAAGUUGCCCAACCAGCAGUUUGCGGUACCAGAUUCGAGCUUGUUUCCUACAGUAACGAUGAGGAACAAACCUGGUGGGACAAAGGAACGCCCCUGGUCGGCCAUCUUGCCCCCUGAGGACCAUUCCACCUUAAUGAUCCCAUCACGGAGACACACCAACAUCAUGACUUUCACGGGAAACAACCUCUCCAAGAGUCUCUCAAUAAGCAACAUUGCUGGUCCGGUGUUUGACGAGAUGCCCAUUAAAGGUCUGCGGUAUCUCUCUCAGUCCACCGACUCGCUCAACAGAACCAACCAGGUCACAGAAUCCAUGGAAUCACUUACUGAUGAAGGAACAGAAAUGAUGGAUGGGCAGCUGAUGGGGGAGUUUGAGGCUGAGGCCAAAGAGCUGGAAGCAGACUCGUGGAGUUUAGGUGUGGAUCAGCAAUACCUGCAGCAGCUGGACAAAGAGCUGGUGAAGAGACAAGAUGUCAUCUACGAACUGAUGCAGACAGAGAUGCAUCACGUUCGGACGCUGCGCAUCAUGUCAGAAGUGUACAGCAAAGGCCUGCAGAAGGAGGUUCAGCUGGAGCAGCAGAUGUUGGAGAAGCUCUUCCCCGUUCUAGAUGAUCUACUUGAGCUCCACACACAGCACCUCCUGCGCCUCCUGGAGAGGAAAAAGGAGAGCCAGUUAGAGGGAAGAGUCUUUGAAGGAGGCUUCAUCAUCAGCAGGAUAGGGGACAUCCUGGGUAGCCAGUUUUCGGGAUCAAAUGGUGAAAGCAUGAAGAGGGUUUACGGAAGAUUCUGCAGUCGCCACAACGAAGCUGUUAACUUCCACAAGGACCUUCUAACCAAAGACAAACGCUUCAAAGCGUUCAUCAAAAAAAAGAUGAGUAGCAGCAUUGUGCGGAGGCUUGGCAUCCCAGAAUGCAUCCUUCUUGUGACCCAGAGGAUAACGAAGUACCCCGUGCUGAUUCAGAGACUGCUGCAGCACACUAAAGAGAGCGACGAAGACUACUUUGACCUGACGGAGGCUAUUCGACUCGUGAAGGAGGUGAUAGCGGCGGUUGAUAGCAAGGUGAACGAACACGAGAAAAGACGGCGCCUGAAGGAAUUUCACGGCCGUAUGGACAACAAGUCGAUUAUGAUGAUGAAGAACGGGCAAAUUUUCGCCAGGGAGGAUCUGCUUAGGAGGCGGCUGAUCCACGAUGGAGCGCUACAGCUGAAAAACACCCAGGGAAGAUUAAAGGAGGUUCAUGCUCUGCUCCUAUCAGACGUCUUCGUCUUCCUCCAAGAGAAAGACCAGAAAUAUGUCUUUGCCAUGCUGGAUCAGCGCUCCACCGUGAUCUCCCUCCAGAAGCUGAUUGUCAGGGAGGUCGCUAACGAAGAGCGCGGCCUCUUCCUCAUCACGGCAGGCAUAGAGAAGCCGGAGAUGAUGGAGGUCCUGGCCAACUCGAAAGACGAACGCAACACCUGGAUGCAGCUCAUCCAGGAAGCCAUGCAGUCUAUGGACAAGGAUGAGGAUGAAGGGAUUCCCAGUGAGACAGAAGAUGACAAGAGACAGCUAGAGACUAAAGCAAAGGAAAUGAGAGAACUGUUGAGGCAAAAGGAUACAGAAAUCAUGUCUCUGCUGGAGGAGAAGGUGCGGCUUUUCAGAGGGAUGUGGGAGGGCGUGAGCCCAGGCGAGGAGGCCUGUCGGCAGGUCCAACCUUUCUUCAGGUCACCCUGCAGCCUGGAGCCGCCUGGGGGGGCGUCCAUCAUGAAAGAUGCCCUGCAGGAAGUGGAGACGUUACAGACACUGGUGAAUGGCAGCCUGGGCGGGGCCAUGGCCAGCGUCCAGGAGGGAGGAGGAGGUGGUGCGGGGCCGGUGUGUUUGCCCCGCAGGGCUGAGACCUUCGGAGGCUUCGACAGUCACCAGAUGCACAGCAGUAAGAGUGGAGACAGAGAUGAGAGUGAGGAUAUGGCGGGAGACCUGCGCAGGACUGAGUCCGACAGCGUUUUAAAGAAGGGAGGAAACGCCAACCUGCUGCAGCUGCUGAAGAGGAACAGUGAGCAGGUCCUCCACAGUGUCUCCAACCUGCAUCUUCUGCUAAGCACUCUGCAGGCAGUGGUAGUCCAGCAGGACAGUUUCAUAGAGGACCAGCGGCAGGCCCUGAGUGAGCGCUCGUCCUCUUGCACAUCGUUAUCACGACCGUCCUCCCGGCCCAGCUCGCUGAUCGAACAGGAGAAGCAGCGCAGCCUGGAGAAGCAGCGGCAGGAGUUGGCAUCCCUGCAGAGACAACAGGCAGCUCAUGCUGAGGAGAAGAGGAGAAGAGAGAAGGAGUGGGAGCUCAGGGAAAAGCAGCUCGCUGAGAGGGAGGCACAGGUGCACGCACAGCAGGAGGAGGAAAUCCUGAAGCGGCAGAAGGACCUGGAGGAGGAGAAGCAGGAGCUGCAGAACAAGAAGGAGGAGUACCAGAAGGACCUGGAGAGACUGAGAGAUGCCCAGAGGAAGCUGGAGAGGGACAGGGAGGCUAUGCAGCGGCACCUCAACAAGAUGGAGGACCUGCGUCUAGCUGAGAGGACUCCCUCUACAACGUCUGAUGAGUUCGCUGGCAGCUCCCAGUCUCUGGAGCUGGACCCGCUGGAGUUCUCCUCCUCCUCUUCCUCCUCUCUGCCGAGGCUGCAGCCCCAGCGGUCCAAGCCCAAAGGGAAAGGCCUCAAUCCCUUUACCUCAUCCUCCACGAACCUCAAGGGCAGCGAAGGCAACAACCAGAUCUCAAAGAGCCUCCUGCAGCUAGCCAAGAACAAGGGCAAAGAUGGGAAGGAGAAGGAGAAGAAGAAGAAAAAGGCCAAAGGGGGGAGCGCACAGUCAGCAGACUCCCAGCCCCUUCCAGAGCCGCCUCUGGAUGGAGAGAUUUUUUUCUGCUGAGACAAGUGGCUCUCCUCCUCCUCCUCCUCCUCCUCCUCAUCAUUACCAUGAACCCAUCAAACCACUCUGACGGUGGAAUGUGCUGCCAAGUAGUAACACAUUCACCUGCGCACACAGGCUUUUUGAAUCACCUUGAAAAGGCUUUUAGUUAAUUUUCCAUGUCAUAACAUAGAGCUGUUUAACAUUACAUGGAAGAAGAUACAUUUUAAAAUCAAAUACCACAGCUUUUAGUUUGUUGGGAAUUAGGAUAUAUUAGGCUCUGCUGUGGUGUGCGUUUAGGAUUCAGUUCAGUAGCUAAAGUGGGAAGGAUGGACUGGCUGUGCACUUUUUCGUUAUUCUAUGUCCAAAAUUCAUCUUUUCCUUUUCCAAAUAAAUGGUUCGAAUUUCUUCAUUUUGAAAAAUCAGACAUCUGUGACAGCUCAGUAUCACGCUGAAAGCGUUUCACAGCGAAUUGCCUUUCAGGCUCUUCCAAGUCUGUCAGGGGCUCGUGUGUUACGGCUGCCUUUUUUCCUAGAGCCCCGCACCAGCAGGCUGUGAUGUUAAUUUACAGAAGCAGGGCCUUUUCCAUGCGACUUUAACCACACGUUCAAGGACACAGACAAAUCCAAAUGCCACUGUGAAUGUCAGCGAGCUCCCUGUGGCACUGGAAACUCCUCACACCUAAUCAUAUUCAUUGACAGCUAAUUGAUGACUGAACCCACGGGGGGGGAACUUACGGGUCCUAGCAACAUUUCUUAAUCAGAGAGAGUCCAAAGCCGUUUCAGUGCUUCAGUCGCAGUGAAUCAUAGCCUGGCGUUCGCGUCGAGUGUUCAAAAAGCAGAUGCGAUUAGAUCCGCCGAGUCUGUCCCCAGUUUGCAAGCAAAAGGGAAUUGGCUAACUUGUGUAAUCCUUAAUGAUGACUUCAUGCCAUCAAUCAUGUUCCUUAAUGAGGUUUUAAUUUAUUUGAAUUAUGGCUAUCUCCAAUUUGGAGUGAAGCUCUUCAGAUGUGUAUUUUCUUAGACGCUCAGUAAUGAAAGGAUUGAGAGUUAUCUCUCUCUGUCUAAUGGCUCAAUUCAUAUCCUUUAGUGUGUUUUAGAGUCUUGGAUGGAUAUUGGCUCGAUUGUCGUUUCAUCUGCCUGUCAAUGGGCUUUUAUGCAGCCCUCAUCUUUCAUCUGAGCGCCGACAAGCAGGGCUUUCCUUCGUUUUUUUAAUUGCAUGUAACUCUUCAGGUAGCAUACUAAUGGUUUCUGUGUGUUAAAGAGAUCAACUCUCUCUUUCGCCUCCUUUCAGUUCCCAUAAUAGAUUCUGCAGAUGCACACAGCUGCUGGUCGUAGGAACGGAGGCCAUUAAUUUACGGACAAAGCAACCGCUUAGAGGGAAUGAGAGUGGACAUUAGCUACAAAUAUGUUCUGUUGUUGUUUCGUGACUAAACCGACUCAGCAGGUAGCUCGUGAGUCUCUGAUCAUUUCAGGAUUAGUCAACACUCAUCAGUGUUUUUGAGCACUUUCUCCUAAAAAUGUUAACACGUUUAUUUUUAAUCAGUGUGAGAUACGAGGAAAUAUGAUUUCUUUUUUUUUAAUCAAGGGCAAAAUGAUCCAAAGACGGUUAAAGUGUUUAAGUAGAUUAAAUAAGGGGCUGUGAGCUUUUAUGGAGUUUUUCAAAGAUGACCCGUCUUAAUAUUUAAGACCUGCGAAGCUCACGCUGUGGGCAGGACUACCUGCGGGACAGGUAGGAAGGACAAAGAGACGUUUAAAAAGGAUCCUCUUCCCAUGAAAGGCAGAGCAGCAUUGCCGAACUGCUUCCUUGCUGCCUCUUUUUCUCACGUUUAAGUGCUUGUUUGUUAACUCGCUGUCUUGUGUUGAGGAUUUGACUUCACGUCCAGGCUGGUUUAUUAUAGUGUGUCUUGUAAGAGGCUUAUGCGGCCUGCCAAUUAGUUGCUUCAUGUCUUUUGUUUAUGGCUUUGGUGUAAUCCUGUCAAAGAAACGGAGAGGGGUAGACUUUUGGUGUUGCUUGAAGGUGUGUUUUGACCACUAGGGAGCACUGCACCUAUAACUAAAUAAUUUCCCUCCCUCACACAACAGCAACAACCAGAAAGUAUGAAACUGUUUAGUUUUUUGUUUUGUUUUUUUUCCCCUGUGACUCCUGCUGUGAGAAAUUGAUGUAUUUUUUUCUCAGCAGGUCAGAGAUAAUGUGAUGAGCGUGGGCUCUCACACUCUGCGACAUUUUUCCCCACGGCAUUUGUAAUUGACUGCAGAAACAAAUAAGUUGUCAGAGAUUGUAAUUGGUUAUUCAGUGUAACCAGUCAGCAGCAGCUUUAAUGUGGGGGGAAUAAAAAGGUUGGAGGAAGCGACUGGGCAGAACCACAGACCUCUGUAAGGGACAAUCAGCAGACACAAGUCGGGAAAAUGAACUCCCUCACCAGUGAUGAUGAUAAGCCUGUCCGAGAGACGAGUGUGUCCAUUAGGUGAACCCUGCGUAGCCUUAAAUCUUAAUGAUAAAAUGCACUAGAGUAGAACCCAGCGUCUUCUCAGGAGAGAGGAGAGCUUUUAUACCUCUGCUUUGAAAGGAAGGAAAUGUUUGUACUAUUCAACUGGUACACAGUUGUUUCGUUCUCAGCAAUGUAAAAAAAAAAAGAAAAAGAAGAAAAAAAAGGGCAAAUGUGUAAAUAUGAUUUAUGUAUAAUACAAAUUACUUGUAAAAAAUAAUUGACUUGUGAUUUAUUGAAGCAUUUUGUAAGAAUGUUUUAUUUAUGUUUUAUUCUCACCAACAAGGUGAUAAACAAUGUAAAGGUGUAUUUCUCUCAUAAUAAAAAAAUACCACAAUUGACAUCCUGAGUGUUUGUGGGUUAUUUUUUUUUA